AUGGCGACUCUCCGGAGGCAGGAGAGGCCUCUAGGAGAGGAGCCCCCCACUGAAAGGAGCAGAGUGUGGGGCAUGGUCAGGAGGAUGCUGGUGCUUGUCCUGAUUUUGAGUCUGCUCCUUGGUUCUUCUGUGCUCUUGUUCUACAUCUUCGGGAGCUGUGGCCCUCGUCCUUGUGAGACGCGUGUGUGUUGGGAUCUCCUGGCUCGUUACCUGGCCUCUGGUAAUACCAGUGUGGCUCCCUGUACCGACUUCUUCAGUUUUGCCUGUGGACAGGCCAAAGGGAUCAGUAAUUCUUUUCAGGCUCUUGCAGAGGAGAACAAGAACCGACUUCGGAGAAUACUGGAGGCCCCAGGUUCCUGGCACCCGGGCUCUGGGGAAGAGAAAGCUUUCCAAUUCUACAGCUUCUGCAUGGACACAGAUGCCAUUGAGGCUGCAGGGGCUGGUCCCCUCAGACAAAUUAUUGAGGAGCUUGGAGGGUGGCGAAUUUCUGGUAGUUGGACUUCCUUGGACUUUAACCGAACUCUGAGACUUCUGAUGAGUCAGUAUGAUCACUUCCCAUUCUUCAGAGCUGAUCUGCAACCUCAUCCCACCCCUCCACACUUGCCAGUAAUCCAGAUAUACCAGCCAGAGUUUGACCUUCCUGUCAAGCAAGAGCAGGAACAGAAGAACUAUGCUCAGAUCGUGCGGGAAUACCUGACUUACCUGAAUCAGCUGGGAACCUUGCUGGGAGGAGACGCAAGAAAGGUGCAAGAACAUGCUGCCAUGUCCAUCUCCAUUACCUCGCAGCUGCUUCAAUUUCUGAGACCCCCGGAACAGCGACGGGCACAGGGAAAGCUCUUCCAGAUGGUCACUAUUGAUCAACUGCAGGAAAUGGCCCCUGCCAUUGACUGGUUGUCCUGCUUGCAAGCGAUAUUCACAUCGAUGUCCCUGAGCCCCUCCCAGCCCCUUGUGGUCCAUGACCUGGAGUAUUUGAAAAACAUGUCACACCUGGUGGAAGAACAGCUGUCAAAGCACAGGGACUUUCUGCAGAGCCACAUGAUCUUGGGGCUGGUGGGGUCCCUUUCUCCAGUCUUGGACAGUAAAUUCCAGGAGGCGCAUACUUUGCUGAACCAGAAACUACGGGAGCUGACAGAACGACCACCCUUGCCCACCCACCCUCGAUGGAUGAAGUGCGUGAAGGAGACAGGAGACUACUUCCAGCCUACCCUGGCAGCCUUGUUUGUUCGUGAGGCCUUCAGCCCGAGCACCCAAAGUGCUGCCAUGGAAUUAUUCACUGAGAUCAAGGAUGCCCUCAUCACUCGUCUCAGAAGUCUUCCCUGGAUGGAUGAGAGGACCCAGAAAGAGGCCCAGGACAAGGUCACGCAACUUCAAGUAAAGAUGGGGGCCCCAGAAUGGGCCCUGGAGCCAGCACUGGCCAGACAGGAAUACAACGAUAUACAACUUGGAUCCAGCUACCUGCAGUCCCACCUGAGCUGUGUCCGAUCCCUCCGAGCUAGAAUUAUCCAGAGCUUCUUACAGCCUUCUCCUCACCACAGGUGGCAGGUGCUUCCCUGGGAGGUCAAUGCUUACUACUCAAUAUCUGACCAUGUGGUGGUCUUCCCUGCCGGACUCUUCCAACCCCCGUUCUUUCACCCUGGCUACCCCAGAGCUGUGAACUUUGGCGCUGCUGGCAGCAUUAUGGCCCAUGAGCUGUUGCAUGUCUUCUACAAGCUCUUACUCCCUGGAGGCUGCCCAGCCUGUGACACCCGUGCCCUACAGGGGGCAUUGCUGUGCCUGGAGCACCUCUAUGCUGCCUUUCCAUUACCCAGAGGAGUCUCCUUCAAUGGCUCCCGCACACUCCUGGAGAAUGCUGCAGACACAGGGGGGCUAGUUAUUGCACUAAAGGCAUAUAGAAAGAGGCUAUUAUGGCACCGCGGGGAGACUGUCCUGCCCAACCUGAACCUCAGCCCCCAGCAACUCUUCUUCCGAAGCUAUGCCCAGGUGAUGUGUGGGGAUCCCAGCACCCAGGAUUCUCAGGACACUCACAGCCCUCCCACCCUUCGAAUCCACGGGCCCCUCAGCAACAUCCCAGACUUUGCCAGAUAUUUCCGCUGUCCACGUGGUGCCCUCAUGAACCCUUCCAGCCACUGCCCACUCUGGUAA